CACCACAACACUUUCUCAAUUCUAUUUAUAUGUAGCAUACACUAUGUUAUAUGAUAAGAACAUAACAGCAAAAAUGGCAAUGAUAAAAACACUAUCAAUGUUUUUUGCUGCUAAUUAUUUAGCCAUUUUCAUGUACCUCAACUUGGCCAUGGCCGCAAAUUACACAGUCGGAGGCCCGAACGGCGGUUGGGAUCAAUCCACCGACCUUGCAACUUGGGCUUCUUCAAUAACCUUCUUAGAAGGAGACAAUUUGCUUUUCGAGUUCACCACAAACCACGACGUCACGGAAGUUUCCCGGACGGACUUCGAUUCCUGCAAUCCAAAUAGCCCCUUGCGGCCGCCUUUCACCGGCGGCUCCGCCACCGUGGCCCUCUCCUCCGCCGGCAGCCGCUACUUCAUCUGCGGCACCCCCGGUCACUGCCUCGGCGGCAUGAAACUCCAAGUCGACACCCACGCCGCCACCUCUCCGCCGCCGCAGACGGCCACCCCGUCGGCCCCGUCGCCGGCGCCGGUUUCCUCUCCACCGCCGAGAAGUCAUGCUCCGUCGCCAUCACCAAAGCAUACGCACGGGCCAGCCGGCCGGCCCGCCUCGCCGCCUGCAGCCUCACCUCGCCGGCCCGCGUUGCCGCCUGCCGCCUCACCUCCGCCGAGCGGCGGCUCGUUGCUGGCGCCGGCGGCGGCUCCGUCUGCGGCGGGGAGGUUCAGUGCGAUGGGUGCUCUCACAGCAUGUUGCGGUUUUUUGGCUGUUAUUGUGUUUUUGACUUUUUGAGAUCCUUCUGAUUUUUUAAUUUUCCCAUAAUACACAAUGUACUUGUGAGUUUAUAUUCCUUUUUGGAAAUUCAAAUUCUAAUCCAUUUAUAAUACAUAUGAAUCUUUUUAUAUCCUUUUAUGAUCUUAUAAUUUAUGAACGAGAUUCUUGUCUGCUUUAAUGAAAUUGAA